AUGGCGCUCGGAAAGAAACCAUACCCCAAAGCCACGGUCAAGAAGAUCAUCAAGGCUCAUUCAAACCACAAUUUAAAGAAGAAUGCCGAUGUUACUAUCUUCCUCGACUACGUCCUAUUCAUGGAAACGUACGAAUCUGACGAAUCCUCCUAUAUCGCGACAAUCCAAGCUAACUAA